UUAUCCGUCAAAUAUUUUUUAAAAAGUUUCACCAUUAAAUUGUUUGUGUACAUUAUUUCUGAUGGAAAAAUCAAAACAAGUAGCGAAAGAAUGCAAACGAAGCACCGAGGAAGCGUUUGAAGCGACCGCGAAACUGAUACAAGAAAAAGCAGAACGCGCCAGGAAAGAAAUCCAAAACCUGACCGAGAAAACGCAGCUACAAAUCGACAAGAUCCUCUGCAAACAAGACACCACGGACAACUAUCUAAUAGACAAUGAUAAAGGUAAAACUGAAGAAAAAGAAUUGAGCGCCAAAGAGAAAGCUAAAGCUGAGAAAAGGGAAGAAAAAGAAGCCGCGAAGGAAGCUAAAGCGUCGAAGAAGGAUAUCAGAGCUGAGAAUUUGGAUUCCGAGAGUUCUUCAGCUUCAGUAGCUUCAAAAGGAUCCAAGAUCAAAUCAGCCACCGAUAUUUUCACGCGUAGUUUCAAAAAUAUUUAUAAAAAAUCGAAAACCAAAGUAGUGAAGGAAGAAGCAGCAGAGGCGGAAGACAACACUCCUGAAGAUAAAAUAACCCAGAAACUUACCAAAGUACUAGAGAAAGUCAAAGACGUAACCGAUAGUAUAGACAAGGUUAAUCAAGAUACCACCGCAAAACAAGAUACAGCAAGUGCAAAACAAGAAAAAGCAGAUUCCACAGUCAACUUAAGUCCCGAAAAAAGCGUAUCGAAAGUCUCGCAAAAAGCCUCAGCAAAAAAUACUUCACCAGUUACCGAAACCUCUCUACAAAAGGAGGGAAUGCCAAAGGAUUACCACAGCAACUACAACGACUUUGAGGUGAAAUUACGCCUUCAAGAACUUAAAGAUAAAUCGUUGGAGAUCGCUGAAAGUGUUAAGAAUCAACUGAGGCAAAAGUACGAAUAGGCUGUUUUGAAAAUCAAUGACGGACAGCAUAACAAUCAUAGAUAGGCUACAUCCAAAAAUUUCGGAAACAUUUAGGAGCGUUGAGGAAAUUUUUCAAAAUCAAGUUAACGACAUCAAGUCUCAGUACAAAACUCAGUUUGCACUAAAGGCUGAGGAAUUGGACAAUUAUUUCGAACUAAAACCUGAACUAGUAAAACUACACAAGGAAGUAAUCAGUAUUAUAAACGGAAGGUAUAAAAAAGCUGAAAAUAUAAUUGAAACAUCAACUGAAGAAUUAAAGCAACUCAUUCACGAAUACAUUCCUGAAUAUCAUGAUUUAGUCGACACAUAUUUGGACGAAGAACUUAAAAAUUGCAAGGAAGUAAUGAGUAAAUUAGUGCGUGAAAUUAAAGAAGAAAUUAAUGACUUUGCUUAUGCUUGUAUUGAAAAAGUCGUUUUCGGAUAAUAAAAUCUAUUAACUGC